AUGCUCUUGGAGCUCGGAAAUUAUCCCUUACAGGGCUUUCUCCAAUGGGGUGUUUGCCAAUGGAGAGAGCUACAAAUUUUAUGCAUCCUAACAUCUGUGUGAAGGAAUACAACGAUCUUGCUUUGGAAUUUAAUGGAAAAUUGAAUCAAUUGGUGCCAAAACUGAACGAUGAACUUCCUGGAAUGAAAGUGUUGUUUUCAAAUCCACAGGACUUACUGUUGCAACUCAUCACAGCAUCCUCACUGUAUGGAUUUGAGAAUGCUGAAGUAGGAUGUUGUGGCCCAGGAACAUUUGAGAUGGGAAUUAUGUGUGCUCGAGAACAUCCACUUACAUGCACAGAUGCCGCCAAAUAUGUCAUUUGGGACGCCUUUCAUCUCACUGACAGAACAAAUCAAAUAAUUUCGGCUUAUUUAUUCAAGGAUCUUAAGUCAAAAUUUCUUUGAGUUGCAGUGUGAUUGUUGGUGGUUGUCUGGUUGAAUUUCGGAGAAAAAGGAAGGUAGCUAUAUUCAUGGGUGUUGAAUGAAUACUACGGUGGUGGUACAUGUAUGGACCGUGGUGUUUAGAGAGAGCAAUGACUGUUGGUCUGGAUUUACGAAAUUAGAUAUUUGUAGCCUAGAUGGUAUGCAUGUGUAUUUUAAGAUGUGUAUAUAUUAUAUUGAAUU